AAGUUGCUUGGAAAACGAGGGAGGAGGAGGAGCACAAACGCGAGUGUUCCAGCAGCAGAGUCCCCGCGGAGUUAGAAGGAUCCGCGUCCCGGAUCUCCUCCAGCGACUUCGGUCCGCAGCCUUCAGCCGGAGAGCCGCCAUUCGGUCCGAGGAGAGACCGCGCUCCGCUCGCCUCCUUCCUCCGACUUUACCUCGGCGCGUCCCGGAAGCCUCGGGAGGAGCAGGAGGAACCAUGUUCCCCUCGGUGCUGUUCCUCCUCCUGGUUCCACAUGCGCUGCUGGCGUCGAGACAAGCUGCAGUCAUCUCCCCUCAGGACCCGGUCCUGCGUAUCGGCUCCAGCCUGACGGCCACGUGCACGCUCAGCCCCGAGCUGGGCCUCCACGCCAGCACUUUGUACUGGGCCCUGAACGGGAUGAGCCUGUCCAGCAGCACCUACAGCCUGGUGAGCCCCGACACCCUCAGCGUCACGCUCCACAACCUCAGCGGCUCCCGGCAGCAGUCCGGGGACAACCUGGUGUGCCACGGGGCGGACGGACACGUCCUGGCCGGCUCGUGUCUCUACGUGGGCAUCCCGCCAGAAAAGCCAGUCAAUUUAACAUGCUGGUCCCACAACACGAAGGACUUGAGCUGCAGGUGGAGCCCGGGGGGGCGGGGUGAGACCCACGUCCGAACCAAAUACACCCUUAAGUACAAAUUGAGGUGGUACGGGAGGGAGAAGGAGUGUGAAAUCUACAGCACGGGGAAGCACCGUUACUCCUGCUACAUCCCCCGCAACCUGGCCCUCUUCACCCCGUACGAGAUCUGGGUGGAGGCGGCCAAUCAGCUGGGCUCCGCCACCUCUGACAUCAUCACCCUGGACGUCCUCGAUGUAGUGACCACUGAUCCUCCUGCCAGCGUGCAUGUGAGUCGCGUGGGCGACCUUGAGGACCAGCUGACGGUCCGGUGGGCCAGCCCCCCCGAGCUCAAGGACAUCCUGUUUCAGGCCAAAUACCAGAUACGCUACAGACUGGAGGACAGCGCCGAAUGGAAGGUGGUGGAUGAUGUGGGUAACCAGACAUCCUGUCGGCUCGCAGGCCUCCGGCCCGGCACCGUCUAUUUUGUCCAGGUGAGGUGCAAUCCGGUGGGCAUCUACGGCUCCAGGAAGCCUGGCAUCUGGAGUGACUGGAGCCACCCGGCUGCCGCCUCCACACCCAGCAACAAGAGGCUGCAGAGCGGCUCCUGCGACCCGAAGCCCGGCGAGCAGAACUCCACCCUGCGGCGGGAACUCAAGCAGUUCUUCGGCUGGGCCCGCAAGCACGCGUCCGGCUGCAGCGGCAUGUCGAUCAAACUGUACGAUCAGUGGAGGGUGUGGCUGCAGAAAACGCACAGAACGCGCAACCAGGUAGAUUCUACAAGGCGAUAAUUCAUAGCAGCGCCGCUCGGCACGCCUGUGGAGUUUAAUUCACGCGCAGCACCGAGAGGCAGUGACACGUAGCUGGACCCGAGGGCCCCCCCCCCCCCCCCCCGGCUGUGUUAGAGGUCCAACGGCCCG